UGUAAGGUUGCUGCAUGCCAAUGAGGAAAACGUGGAGAUUCCGUACCGGCAUACACAAUUUGGGGUGGUGCUCAUGGUCGAUGUCGUUGGUUUUAGUACGCUCACAACACUGGCCACCGAAAAAGGCGAAUCUGGCGCCGAAGCCAUUGCUUUGGAAGUCGGAGCUUACAUGGGCGAAUGUAUCCAAAUCAUUGAAUUUUUCGGUGGUGAUGUCGUAAAGUUUCUAGGAGAUGCGGUCCUCGUGAGCUUCCAAGCAAAAAUAUCGAUGGAUCACCUACAUACCACAGGCGAAAAGGAUACAAAUAUUGCCUAUUUUACACGUCAAAAGAAUAUGCUCGUACGAAGGGCAGUCGAGUGUGGGCUCCAGCUACUCGCUCGCUUGUCACAUUACCGCGUCUACUUGACUGCGGAGGAGCGCAACCGGCAUAGAACUCCACAAGGCGAUAUUGAACGUCAUAACCGCAACGAUAGAAACAUGAUCUUUGGUUUCGGAGAAGGUGGCAAAGUGAAGAAUGGGCAAAGACUGUCAGAAAGUGAAUACGUUCCUCCGCGACACUUCUCGGAAUCUUACUCCAUUUCGUUUGAUCGAUGGAAUUUCCUCUCAUUUUUGUGGCGUAAGCAUAAACAAAAGUCAAAAAGCGAAUCGGAUAGACGAGCAAGUGCCUCGAGCGGGUAUUCGAGCACACGCAACAUGAACGCCAUUGAUUUGGAGCUGCAUAUUGCAUUAUCUUGCGGCGACAUCACGAAUGUCAUAUUGGGUGAUAUUGACCCCCAUUCAUCCAACAACAGCACCACCGGUGAUAACACGAUACGUAACUCUACGACUACGACGAGCAGCGAACAGGGAUCGUACGAUAAUUACUUUUUGGAGCAACAUGGCCGUCUGGAAUAUGCGAUCGGAGGCCCGGUCGUCGAAUCCCUGGAUGCAGCUUUAGCGGCCGCCAAGGCCGGCGAAAUGAGCAUCACAGCUGAAGCCUACGAAAUUAUUCAGCGACAGCCUUUGGAUCUACAAUGUGAAGUGCGGGAUCAAUUUUACAUUGUGCAUACCGCCGAACCGCCGGAUCCUUCAAAGCGAGGAUACAACACAUACCGACAACCAAAUGCUGUUAAACUGACGAGUACUACCCCGAAUGCCGACUAUUUACUUGAUCGACCCAAUUUGCUUCAACAAGCGUCCAAACUCAGUAUCGAACCCUUGAUUCCACGUAUCCGUAAUACUUCUUUCAUGCAAAUUCCGGCGGAUAUGAGCCCUCAUUAUUUUAAAUACCUCAACCGAAGCACACUUUAUCGCUUGCAGCACAGUAGCGACGGCAACUUUCCCCCCCAGUUUCGCGACGUGACUAUUGUGUUUAUCAGUCUGGGCAAGGUGGAUGUGACAACGGACGCUGGUUUACAAAACGUACAAAAAGCCAUCUUGAGGGUCAUCCGUGCUUUGGUUAAAUAUGAAGGUUUGUUGCAACAAUUUGCCAUUGAUGAUAAAGGCGCCACAAUUCUCGCUGUGUUUGGACUCCCGCCUUUAUCCCACGAGAGGGAAGCUGUGUUUGCAGCGAAAGCCGCUCUUGAACUUCGGGACCAAUAUCGUCAAUUGGAUCUGCCGGAUUUCGCGAUUGCUCUGGCAACAGGGGUCAUUUUCAACUGCGUUUUACCGCAAGGCAACCCUUUCCGACGAGAUCCCGGCAUUGCUGGCGAUACAAUUAUCCUGGCCGUUCGUAUGCUCAAGUUUCCUUUUUCCAAGAACAACGUGGUGUGCGAUACGACGACGAAGAGUCAAAUCGGAGGAUUAUGUGAAUUUGAGGACUUGGGCGAGAAUUUCGUCAAGGGCAAGACCAAGCCCGUGCAGAUGUAUAAAAUUGUCAAAUUCGGGGCCAAAAGUUCCAAGAGGAUUUCGAUGCAAGCGAUGGAACAAAAUACCGAUUUCAUCGGCUAUAAAAGCGAAAUGUCGGCAGCUACGCAAUUCGUCGAUGAAUGGAGCCAAUACCAAAAUCAUCAUGUUCUCAUCAUCUACGGUGCUUCCGGGGUUGGUAAAAGCUACUUUUGCCAUACGCUCCAGCGAACCAUGAUAUCGCACGGCGUUCAAUGCUGUUGGUCAUCUUCCACGGAAGUGGAGAAGAGCUCCAAGUACUAUCUCUUGAAGAAUUUGAUGCUUUCGCUCUUUGAGCUUAUUGAGACGGACCAAAUUCCGGAUAAUGAGAAAAAAACAAAUGUACCCGAUACAAAUCAUUCUUCGCAACAUUUGAGUGCCCAACUGACGUCUAUGCAAUCCGCGGAAAGAAAACCGACCGAUCUGUCGAUAGCGUCCGACUCAACAUUCCAGCAUGCAGAAACGAGUAAUUCUAAAGACCGUGGCCCACGGCUCACUCUCUACACGUCGACGUCGUCCACAUGCAAGCCCACCGCCAGUCACAGUACCGGAACCCAUAACGAAGUGGCAGAAAUCAUUUUACGAGCACUGACAAAAUGUGGAGAAGAUGAAGGAUUCUUGCCACUGUUUAAAGUCAUUUUUGGCACCUUGAACGACGUUGAAGAGAAUCAAUAUACCCGUUUGCUGGAUGGUCGAGGACGUGACAUUCUCCUCACAGGCGUCCUUGUGCGAAUGGUGCGCUAUGUGUCUGAGCACAUUAGCUUUGUAUUUAUUUGCGACGAUAUUCAAUGGGCGGAUUCAGCGUCUAUCCGAAUUUUACGCCAUAUACACGAACAGUGCCAACGCGUGUUGUUGAUUAUGGCCACACGUCCUAGCCGCGAUUACAAUAUUGGUUUUCUCAGCGAUUUUUGCGUAACAGGUGUGAACGCCAAAGUCGAAUUGGGUGGGCUCGACGCAAUGGAAAUUGAGCAAAUCAUCUUGCAAUCGUUCGACAGUGGUGUCAAGAAAGUCAGUCCGGAAAUUGUGCGCGUUAUCCAGAAACGCACAGGUGGCAAUCCGUUGUAUGUCAAGAAUAUGGCCAUCAUCCUGAAAGAUUUCAACCACGUAACAUUGGUCCAAGGCGAAUUAGUCCCGAGUACCAACAAAUUUGACCUCGAAGAUUUACUCGGCAAUUUCGACUACAAGCGCAUCAUCAAAAUCCAGUUUGAUCGCCUAGAUGCCAAUUUUGAAGAGUUUUUAACGAUCGCUUCUUGCUUGGAUCAAUAUUUCACCGUGUAUGAAAUACGAGCCAUUAUUUCUCCUUCGAAUGUCAUCUUCAACGACAAGAACUUGCAAGAGAUCCGGAGCGCCGUGCAAAAAUAUGAUGUGUACAAUUUCCUCACGCAAACGCACAAUGACAGCUCCUAUGAAGGACGGACAGAAGUUUAUACCUUUACGCACGUCACCAUUCCUCACACUAUAUACGAUAUGGUAACCUACGAAACCCGAAUUUCACUUCAUCGCCGCCUGGCCGAGUACUAUGAGUCCCAACUGAACCGUGACAAUUAUUCUCAGCUUUUAAGCAAGAUUGUACGUCAUUAUCUCCACGCUGACAAAAUAGAGAAACAGCUCCAUUAUUUGGAAGAGCUGGCCGAUCUCAAUAUGAAGUCGUAUCAGUUACCGGAGGCCACGAACAACCUGCAAAUGAUGGUCAAGAUUUUGAAUGAAAACGAGGAGAUUUCCGCGAUCUUUGGAAAUGUGCACAAGAGCGACAUUUAUCGUCGACUUGGUAUGUGCUAUACGAUGCGAACACGAUUGACGGAAGGGGAAAGAAAUCUCUUCAAAGCUCUUGACUAUCUCGGAGAACCGUGGCCGCGUAGCGAAAUGGCGUUCUUUUACAGCUUUUGGAAAAAUCGAUUCGCGCAAUACCGACAUCUACGAUGGCACGUCUUUUACAUGUGGAAGAAACGCACCAGAAAGGAACUGGGGAAACGUGUGGUGGAAAUUAUGGCUCAGCUGUCCAAUAUCUACUUCCACAACGGUGAUGGACGUGACUUUGUCUACACUUGCUUAGUUGGUCUCAACGCCUGUGAACGACUCGGUGAAUUGGGCACGCAUUACACUUUAUUUCUCGCAAGAAACGCGCUACUGUGCUGGCUGAACGAUGAAAAGGAGAAUAGUAUUGCUUACAUUAUCAAAGCGGUCAAGUAUAUGGAUGAGAAAUCGGAUUCCAGCACGUUGACGAUUUAUGCCUUGUUAUGUUUCGCUGCGGGUAAAUUCACCUGUGCCAGAAACAUGCUGUAUCAAUCGAUUCAGGUGGCAACCACUCUGGGGGUGGUGACUGAUUGCCAAACGUUUUACCGUUCGGUCAGCACUGUGAUUACAAUGCGGAUAUUUGAAGGCUCUCUGAAUAGCUCCCCGGACGAUAUUGCCUUGCUGAAGCAAAUGGCGGAUAUAGCCCAUGCUAAUGGCGAUUUUGAAGCCGAGAUUUGGUUAGGCGUGUAUCAUGUUGCCAAUGCGAUUGUCAUGGAUCAGCUGCCCGAAUGUGCUCCGUUUGUAUCUCUUUUGGAAGUUCACAGAAAAAAAGCAGCGGAUUAUAACCGCAUUGCUAUCCAUGGAACCUUACUGUGUUAUUACGCACGAUCACUGAAUAACCGAAAAGCAGUGUUCCACUACCGAAUGCUUGUCUCGAUACUUCCGUCUUUGACCGUGACACCCAAUAUAUUUCCUAUUUUUGGAUUAAUCUUUUGUACGAUGGGCAUGUAUUGUCUGGUGGAGAGUGAUCAAAUCGAUCUUCUCGCUUCCGGAGACAGAGAAGAAUACGAUCGGUUCGUUCUGGGGAUCACACGUCUAAACCAUGCAUUCCAGCAAGUGAAAUUCUGGGAGUUCACCCAGCCUGGUCUAUACCUUGCGCGUGCUCUUCCGUAUAUUAGCACUGGUCGUUCCGUUGAAGGAUACAUGGUACUCCGCCAUGGUAUUAACGAGAUGCACUUUAUUCAAGAAAUCAAAUUUUUAAGAGCGUACUACUGGUCCAAUAUUGGCAAGUAUGCAUUUUCACCACAAGAGCGAAUCAAAUGGACAGAGCAAGCAAGACGGGAUUUUGAUGCACUGAAGAUUCCUGCUCACAUUUACUGUAAUCCCGAUCCAGCGCACUGUUAUACAGGAGGACAGCAGGCUGACUUGCGUUUGGAAUCAGUGGAGAGCCAGGAACAAUCUAUAGAUGAAGCAUAA